UGGUCGGUCGGUCGGUUGAGGAGGGUAGCCAUGGCUCGACUCGCUGCGCUACUGUUGUUACCGGUUCUUAUCGAAUCCGUAUUUUCAAUUUCUUUCUUUUUACCGGUCAACUCCAGAAAGUGUCUACGGGAGGAGAUCCACAAAGACGUGCUCGUCACGGGGGAGUACGAAAUUACCGAACAGGCGAACACCAAAACUAAUCUGAAGAUCACAGAUUCCACCGGCCACACUCUUUACUCUAAGGAAGAUGCAAUUAAGGGGAAGUUUGCAUUCACCACUGAGGACUAUGACAUGUUUGAGGUGUGCUUUGAGAGCAAAUCACCCAUGGGGACUGGAAGAGUGCCCGACCAGCUGGUCAAUCUGGACAUGAAGCAUGGAGUGGAGGCUAAAAACUAUGAAGAGAUUGCCAAGGUCGAAAAGCUAAAGCCCCUUGAGGUCGAGCUGAGGCGACUGGAGGACCUGUCGGAGUCCAUCGUCAAUGAUUUCGCUUACAUGAAGAAGAGAGAGGAGGAGAUGCGAGACACCAAUGAGUCCACCAACACGCGUGUGCUGUACUUCAGCAUAUUCUCCAUGUGCUGUCUCAUUGGGCUGGCUACAUGGCAGGUCUUCUACCUGCGGCGCUUCUUCAAGGCGAAGAAACUGAUCGAGUAGAGCGGCUCCUUACCUCGGGGCGCGCCGCCUGCCAGUCAGCCCACACAUCCCAACUCCCGCCCUCCUUGGACUAGCUCCAGCAUACAACAGCAAGAGGGGUUCAGGGGCUCAAAUUCUAGAUUUCACAAUUUCAAGUUUGUCCUCUGAAAAAGAAGAAAAAAUCCACCUGCUUAUUUCGUAGUUUGAAACAAUAAAAGCACUGUAGGGAGAAAUGCACUGUGAGACGUGGGAGGUGUAUGUCACUGCAUUAGUGAGAUAUGUCCAUUUCAUUGUACUUCACUGUUCUGUCUGCACUGUUUUGAAUGUUGCAGCUUACAGAAUAAGAACUUGUUCCUUCAACCAGUUGAACAGUGAUGUUUGAUUUUGAGCUCAAUUUGAAUGGAUGUGCCAUUUGCGAAUGUCUUUUGCCCUUUUGUUGAUGUACACAUUCUUUGCCAUGCCAAGCAAUCUAGAUCCCUGGUGCCCGUUUAUCAAGUGAAGGCUAUUUGAAAAAGUGGUUUGUUGUUACUUGGAGAAAAUUAGCAACCGCUGAACUUCUGUGUUAUGUCACUUAAUUUGCAUACAUGUUUGGUAGCUAAAUUUAACCGUGUCUUUAGUUUGUUUUCAUUUUGUAAAUGCUAUUUAGUUGCUUCUACAGGUAUAUUUUGGGGUGGUUGUGAGCGGUCAGGGUAAUAUUCUCUUAAGCAAAUAUAAAUAAGGUCACUUCUCUGAGGUCUUGGAAGUUCUAGUUAUUUUUGAAAUGCCUGGACAUUAAUUUGACACAAAUCAAAAGUAGCCAGAAACCAAACGCCUCGUCCUUAGGAAGGAGUUUGCAGCAUUAUUAUAUUGUUUGUAUAUGGCUAUUAGUAAUAUAACCAGCCUGACUUCUAUGAUACGAUUCAUAUAUAUACUUGCAAGUUGCUCUUGUCUUGAGGUUUUGUCAAGAAGUUUAAUGUUGGCAAACACUUUCUGAAAUAUCUUUUCAGUUAUGCGCUCCUCUUAUUCACACACUGGUAAAUUAAAUGACCCUUCCGCAAUUUACAAAAUGUCACUUCCCAAUUACAGUGCCGGUCCAUUCAGCGUGCUCUUUUUUUGUCUUUCUUUUUUUUCUUCUGGUAAAUACUUCUGAGGCUUGGGUUACAUGAGGAUGUGGGUGAUUGCAAAUAUUCAGAUUGUUUUUGACCGGGUUAAAUUACGGCAUCUGUCAUGGGUACAUUUUUACAAUGCGCAUUGUGUGCAAUCAAUGAUUUUUAUGUUGACUGAUAAAUUUUGUAAAUUUGUGUUGAUUUUAUUCAAUAAAAUAUUGGAUGGAUUUACAUUA